AUGAAGAACAAACCAGAGAAGCAUGGCAUCAAACUGUUCUUUGUGUGUGACUCAAACACUGGUUAUGUUCUAAAUAUGGAGGUUUACACAGGCAAAGGUGAUGACUUCACAAUUAUUCCAUUGUUUGAACGUCUACUUUCACCCUACUUAUCUAAAGGUCACACUGUUUACAUGGACCAGUUUUAUACUAGCCCUAAAGUUAUUGACUUCUUAUUGAGCAAAAACACUUUAGGUGUUGGCACUGUUAUGCUAAACAGAAAAGAAAUGCCUAAGAGUUUGAAAAAAGCUAUACUGAAGAAAGGUGAAAUGACUUUCAGACACAAGCCACAUAUGAUGGUUUGUAAGUGGAAGAAGACCAGGGAUGUGGCAGUGUUGUCUUCAAAACAUGGGGCAACAGUGUAUGAUGUAACUGUCAGGGCUAAAGGGGGCCAUAUAAAAAAAUUCAAGCCUGAUGCAGUCCUUGAUUAUAAUAUAAACAAGACAGGUGUUGAUCGAAGUGAUCAACUUGUUGCUUACUAUCCCUACAAAAAGAAAAGUAUGAAAUGGUGA